AUGGCGAAUCCAUAUAGUUCGGUGACAGUGUUCGAUGCUGAAGAAAGCUCCAAAACUGUACCGGCCGACAAUCUUACAUUCCAGGAUUUUUCCCAAAAUGCACCCUCUGGCCCCGGUCGUCCUGGCCAAGGAAAUAUCCGAGGAAACGUGUAUGAUCCAGACGUCGAGCUGCAACAGAGGCUGGCUGGAUCACAGAGUUGGUUUAGUAUAGACGCAUACAGUUCGUACUUUGACGUGGAAACAAAGACUGUGCUAGAGCGUUGUUGGAGGACGAUGUAUCCUAAAGACGACUACGUCGAAGUCGUUCUGGCUGGUCAACCGGAUUUGUAUGGACCUUUCUGGCUUCCAACAACAUUGAUAUUUGUCCUUUUUUUCGCAUCUUCACUUUCUGGUGCCUUGACAUCUUACCUCCACUCACAAUCAUACGACUACGAUUUCAGUAAACUUUCCCUGGCAGUUGGACUAGUAUAUGUCUAUGCGCUUGCACUUCCAGCGUGCAUUUGGGCGGCCAUGAGGUAUUGGGCCGGAGUGGAGGGACGCACGAUCCCAGAAAUCAUCAACUUGUACGGCUAUGGAUUGACGGUCUUUAUCCCGGUUGCUUUACUAUCCAUUCCGCCAUUCCCAUUCCUGCGAAGUAUCAUGGCUCUCGGCGCAUUCGGACUCUCGCUCGGCUUCCUCGUUCGAAAUCUCUACCCGGUCCUCGCCGCAGCCCCUGCCAAAACGGGACGAAUUUUGCUGAUCGGAGUCUUUGGACUCCAUGCUAUCUUCACUCUUAUAUUGUGGUUCGCUUAUCUGAGUAUCGGGGGGAACUUUGAAGAUGUUAUCGUUACACCUCCAACCGGCGAAGACGUUGGAAAAGUCCCUAGCCCACCAUGA